AUGAGUAACCACAUGCAAAACUUGGAAUUCGACAAAACGAAGGGAAGAUUUACUGCGUUGUUUACAAUCUGGCUGCUUGGAAAUGGAACUCUUUUCGCCUGGAACAGCAUAAUAACCAUUGGGGAUUACUAUGCUUCUCUCUUUCCAAUGUACCAUCCAAUGAAAGCACUCACGUUUGUCUACCAAUCUUUUGCCCUGGUAACAACAGCCAUACUAGCAUAUCACGAAGCAAGACUUAAUACUAGAUGUCGAAAUCUGUUAGGCUACUCACUCUUCUUCUCAAGCUCACUUGGCCUAAUUGUGUUAGACUUAGCGACGAUGGGUAAAGGUGGGUUGGGCAUCUUCAUUGGUGUCUGCAUAGCGAGUGCAGUGUUUGGUGUUGCCGGCGGUUAUGUUGCAGGAGGAAUGGUUGGUGAUAUAUCUUUGAUGUGCCCAGAGCUUAUUAUUUCCUUCAUGGCUGGGUUUGCAGCUGCUGGGACUCUGACGGCUACUUUAAGAUUAGUCACAAAAUCAGCAUUUGAGAGUUCAGAUGAUGGCCUUCGCAAGGGGGCAAUGUUGUUUCUUACAAUCUCAACAUCCUUUGAGCUGAUUUGCGUCUUUCUUUACGCAUUUAUAUUUCCUAAAUUACCGAUGGUCAAAUACUACCGAGCAAAAGCUGCUUCUGAGGGAUCAAAGACGGUUACUGCUGACCUUGCUGCUGCUGGUAUUCAAUUAUCGACAAACGUUGCAGCUGCGAUGGAGGAUCCGAAUCAGUUUGAGCGCUUAAGUAACAAAGAGCUUCUACUUCAAAAUAUCGAUUACGUGCUUGACAUCUUCCUAAUAUAUGUCUUGACACUGUCAAUUUUCCCUGGUUUCAUAGCCGAAGAUACAAGAUCACAUAGCUUGGGAUCAUGGUAUACACUCGUUUUGAUUACCAUGUACCAUGUUUGGGACCUUGUGGGUGGAUAUGUACCUCUUCUAAAGCCGGUCAAGUUGGUAUCAAGGAAAGGCCUCAUAUUUGCUAGUCUCUCGCGUUUCCUCUUCAUCCCAGCAUUCUAUUUCACAGCGAAGCAUGGAGAUCAAGGGUGGAUGAUAAUGUUGACGUCCGUCUUGGGACUUAGCCAUGGCUACCUUAGUGUUUGUAUUUUUUCAGAAGCACCAAAAGGAUACAAGGGUCCGGAACAAAAUGCAUUGGGGAAUUUGUUGUCUGCAGUUCUGACUGCAGGUAUUUUCUUAGGCAUUGGACUCAGCUGGUUAUGGCUAAUUGGCAAAGGUUUGUAAUAAAUUCUAUAGUGAAGUACCAAUAUUAUCCUACCUAAAAAUUUUGUAGCGGAGUACAUUAUCCUACCUAGAAAUUCUGUAGUGAUGUUAUGUGGAUGUUUAAACAUUUGAUUA